AUGGAGGGUGUCUGGAUGGCAGCCGGGAAAAGGCAAGGCGUGGGGAACCUGCAGUCCUGCACAGACCAGACAGAGCACAGACUGAAUCUGGAUUCCGAUCAAAUGCCGGGAAGCUGCAAUACCCGCGCUGCGAGGGGAAAUUCUGUCCGCUCCUCCAUGGGACCCUUCAAGGACCUUUUAGGGGAAUAUUGUCCGCCUACGCCCAUGUAUGAACCCAGGUAUAAGAGGGGUCGGGAUCAUCAAGAUGACUUUGUCUCGGUCUACAGCUUGAGCAAGUCAGUCAAAAUGAUCACAGUCACCUACGCUGCUGUCAUCGGCCUUUUGGCCCUGGUCUACUUUGUGGUAAGGCCGGUCUUUGAAUAUUUCCGGGACCCAAAGGGCCUCCGCCGGUACCCUAACAUGUCAACGUUUUCUGGCAUCUCGGCCAUCCCCUUCAUGAUCAUGGCUUCUCGCGGGUUCCGGUCACUCGAACUCCAGAAGCUCCAUCAGAGGCACCCUGUCCUUCGCACAGGUCCGAACACUCUGUCCUACGGCGACGUUCGUGCCAUCAAGGACAUCUACGGGCAUAACACGCGCUGCAUCAAGGACCCUUCAUACAUCGUCACAGCCGGCACUCACUACCACCUUGCGGAUGUGGUUGACAAACCUGACCAUGCGCGAAAACGCAAGGUCCUCUCAUCCGCAUACGCGCUCAAGAACCUCGAGUCUUGGGAGCACAAAGUCAGCGACAAAAUCGCCCGACUGGUCAAGCACUUUGACACCAUCUGCACCGCACCCCUUCCCGCCGGCCAGGAACGCCCCGACCCCGCCGACCUAAAGGUCGAUUUCCGCGCCUGGACCAACUACUUUACGCUUGAUGCGAUCGCAGAUAUUGGACUCAGCGAGAAGCUCGGAUUCCUCGACCAGGGAAAUGACAUGUGCACCGCGGAGCGCAAAGAUGGGACUACAUACCGCACCUCCCUCCGCGAAGCUCUUUACCCAACAGCCCGCAAACAGUCCUACAUCCUCUGGAACUACGACCUUUACCCUGCGCUGAACAGACUUGUCAACGUCAUUCCUUACUUCGCCAAGAUGCAGACUUCCGCGGACACCUGGGAAGACAUUGUCUGGCACCGCUCGAUGCAGCGCCGCCGGCGCUACGAAGCCGGAGAAAAACUCGAAGACUUCUUCGCCGCGCUCAUGGAAGACAAAUCCGGGAAACCGCACGGCCUAGAAUGGGGCGAAGCCGUCGCCGAAAUCAACAUCAUGAUGAACGCCGGCUCCGUGACGACCGCAAUCGCAAUCACGAACGUCAUGUACCAGCUGCUGAAGAACCCCGAAUGCCUCCGCAUGCUCCGUGAGGAAAUCGACUCGAUCUACGACGACGACACCGAAGUCAUCGCCUCCUACGAUAAAGUAAAACACCUCCCCUACCUCCGCGCCUGCCUCGACGAAUCCCUCCGCAUCUUCCCACCGACUUCCCACGGCCUCCCACGCGAGACACCACCCGAGGGCAUGGAAAUCCUCGGCCAGUGGGUGCCGGGCAAUACAUCCGUCAGCAUGUCCGCGUACGUCGCGCACCGCGACGAAACCGCAUUCCCACAAGCGGACAAGUACAAGCCGGAACGGUGGCUCGGGGAGGAAGGGAAGGCGCUGCAACCGUAUUUCGUGGCGUUCUCGGCUGGUGCGCGGUCGUGCAUUGGGAGGAACAUUUCGUAUCUCGAGCAGACGGUUAUACUGGCGACGCUGGUGAGACGGUAUGAGUUUGCGUUGCCGGGUCCGGAGUGGGAGUUGCAGAGGGAGGAGACGAUGAAUUUGAUUUUGGGUGGGAUGCCGGUUAAAGUUUGGAGGAGGGAGAUUAUUAAUGUUGAGGCUUAG